UCAUGCCGCUCACAACGUGCCAAAGAAUCCCACUCCACUCUUGUUAUUGUGGAGAGGUAGCACUUUUGACGGGCAGUGAAGAGAUAGACGCUGGAUAAUGUUUGUGUGAGAGGGAGUUUUGGAAAUAAAACAAUUAGGGAAAAGAGAACCUGUUCCCUCUGAGAUUGAGCUUGACAUUGGCACGUGUUUUUGGUGCAAUUCUGGUGAAGGGGGAGAACCAAAGUCUGGGUUCCGAGGGUUUUAGGGUUUAAGGGUUUUUUAGAGUAGAUUUCGGAGUUGUUAUUUGUAUUUGUGGGGAGCUUUUGGGCUUUUUUUUUUUCUUCUGUGGAAUGGCGCAGAGGGGUUCAAUUACUGGGAGAGAGUGAUAAUGGAGCGUUGGUGUAAGAGGAAUUGUGGGUGGACCAUGCCAAUUUGUAAUGCGAGCUGAAAUGUACACUAUGGAGAUUUCAACCUGCAGAGUUGUAGGAAUUGAUUUGGGAUGGCGGCACUUGGUGCGGCUUGCGAAGCCACCUUGUGCAGUGACUUUGAGCCGUGGAAUAACGAACAUUUGUCCAUUCAAUUUGAAAUGUGGAGAGCCCAAAUUGCAAGCGUUGUGGAGUACAAGGGUUUUGAGAUCUUCCAGACGACCGUCGUCAUUGAGCGUCGCCAGCAUUGAAGUGGAGCCAACAAUAAACGAGCUUAGGAUGUCCCCAUCAGCUCAAGGUUGUGUUCUGUCUGCGAUUGCAGACAUCCUUGAAUGGGAUUUGGAGGGAUGGAAGGUGGUGCUGGAGGAGACCGGAGAAGUUGUGGGGCGUGUAGAAGAGGUGUUGAACCUUUGCUCGUUUUGGGAUCCCUCUGUUGUGGAAUACUGUAUGCUCAAAGUGUUCGACAGCAAUUCCCCAGGUAUUGAGUACUUGAUCCCGUGGGUGGAGGACAUUGUGAAGGAAGUUGAUUGCAACGCCGAGCGUAUAUUUAUCAAGCCACCAGAGGGCCUUCUGGAAUUGGCAAAGCGACCUGAACUCCUCCGCAAGAUUCGGACAGCCUUGGAAGAGUUUGGUCUACAUACUGAAGGCCAAAAGGAACCGCACAUGCCUACACGCCGUCAAUUGCAGGCAGCAGGAGAAUACGAGUUGGUAGAAAUGAUAAUGGAUGCUGGAGGGUUUUCAUCGGUUGCUCAGGAUCUCAGGCUUCGUACGAAACGACGGCCUGUGGGAUAUUGGGAAGACCUGCAAAAUCUUGAUUCGGAAAUCGAAGCAUUUUUGGCGGAGAGCUGGAGAGAAGAGCAAAACCCAGAGACUGCAGGGAAGACAUACUAUGUUAAUCUCGUCACACGUGAGCAGCUGGCUGAGAAGCCGGCUUCUCCAAGCAUUAUGGAUCCUACACCAGUAAGCAUGGAUUGGAGUGACACUGGAACGGCUGUGAUGCCUCGUGCCCAUAUAUUGAGGAAGCUGGGCCGUUUUGACCUUCAUAAUGCGAUAACGAUGCACGGAGGUUACAAGGAAGUUGCUCAACAACUAGGUCGCAUGCAUCUUGGAAGGCGUGAAGUGACUGACUUAGAGUCGGAGAUACGGAAUUUCAUGCGAGAGCAUAACUUGUCGUUAUUCCCAAAACCGUCCCAGUUGAUUGCAGAGAAGCAGGAGGAUCUCCUUGCAGCAGUGCGGGAACAUGGUGGAGUGGUUGCAGUGGCCAAGAAGAUGGGACUUCGAGCACAGAGAAAUGGAGGAAUGUUGUAUGGGGCACAGAAAGGGCGUUGGAAAAAUGUAGAAGAAGCUGCACAAGCAAUGAAAGAGUACAUGUUGGAAAAUAUGUUAGAUAGUUAUCCAGAAAUUGAUCGAAGCGAUGCAGAACAUCGGAGGGAGCGGAUCUGGGCCCAGGCUGUUAAGGAGGGUUCCCUGCGUUUGCCAAAACAAGCAGAUAUAUUAGAAGAUGGCCGCAGAGAUUUAAGAUAUGCUCUACAAAAAUUUGGGCAAGAAUCUAUUGCAGAGCGUCUUGGUAUCAAAGUCUUGACCAUGAGGAGACCUCGAAUUCGUCGCGCAUGACCGUACUCUUUGCAUCAACCUUACUGUGCGGAAUCUUCGGAUUGAACAUGCUUGCACUCUCAUUGCAACUUUACAAAUUGACAUCAAGGCUCACAAGUUUGCGUAACCUACACUUGGUUGACGAGAUCAAUCUGUUUCCAUGGAAGUUUUCCUCAAUAUAACUCCAUAUGAUACAGCUAAAGGAGUGCAUCAACGGCUGUGGUAUGCACGUCCUGGGAUGAAAGCUGUGGUUUGGGAGAUGAAACGCAAGCCCACUAAUGUAUAUCACCUCUUCUACUCACUGGGGACUCAACGUUAGUGCGAAGACCCAGCUACUUGCAAGAUAUGGUUUUUAAGCGUUAACCAUAAGUGCUGAAUGGCCGGAAGCACAUGGAAUGAUGUAUUUGAAUGAAUGAGGGUGUCAUCAGCUAUUGAUGUUCCCGUUGGACUUCAUUAUCUAGCCAUUGUCAGAUCAUUCCAAGAUUUCUGUUAUCCACUAACCAAGUGUAGUUUGGAACUGGAAAUAUUGCUUAAGAUUUGAAGCAAUAUUGAAGUUGCAAUCAUGGAAGAAAGCAAGCUGCCAAGAUCAGCUCAUCAAGUUGGAGGCAGUAAUGUAUGCAUAGAAAGGUUUGUAGCUCAGAUUCACAAGGCCUUAUGUCCCAACUUUGAAUUUAGGAACCCAAAUAUUGUAAUACAGAUUAUACUCGAACUCCUAUCACUUAUUUUGAAUGAGGCACUACAGUACGUGUUUCAUAUUGACUAAUACAAACACCUCUUAGGUGAUAAUAUUUAUACAGCUCAAA